AAUAGGUCCUGACUCCUUCGCCUGCAGUUUCACAUCAGCCGCAGUGGCGACAAGGACACGCACUCCGCUAAACCAAAUGGAGAAAUCGAAAAACUUUCGCAUCGACGCGCUUUUAGCAGUCGAUCCCCCCAAAGUGCAGACAUCCCCGCUGGCACUGGUGACGUCCCUGUCCUCCUCCUCCAUCCCGACGUCCGGCAACGGGGCCGCCGCGGAGCUGGGCGCCGGAGCCGAGGCUUUACGCACCGAGACGCCGUCUCCGCCGAGGAUUUCCACCUGCGGCUUGGUUCCCAAGCCGGGCUUCCUCAACGGCCCCCACGGGAUGGUUGGAUUACACCCGCAGAGCACCGCGGGGAUCCCGGCCCAGGCUCUCUACGGACACCCGAUGUACACCUACUCUGCUGCGGCGCUGGCGGGCCAACACCCGGCCCUGUCCUACUCCUACCCGCACGGCUCCCAUCACCACCACAGCGACCCCAUCAAGCUCACGGCCAGCACCUUCCAGCUGGACCACUGGCUGCGGGUCUCCACGGCCGGCAUGAUGCUCCCAAAAAUGUCAGACUUUAAUUCUCAGGCGCAGUCCAACUUGCUGGGGAAGUGCAGAAGACCGAGAACCGCGUUCACGAGUCAGCAGCUGCUGGAGCUGGAGCAUCAGUUCAAGCUGAACAAGUAUCUCUCCCGACCCAAGCGCUUCGAGGUGGCCACGUCCCUCAUGCUGACAGAAACCCAGGUUAAGAUCUGGUUCCAGAAUCGACGCAUGAAGUGGAAGAGGAGUAAAAAGGCCAAGGAGCAGGCCGCCCAGGAGGCCGAGAAGCAGAAAGGCAACAAGGACAAAUCAGACGGACUCGAACAGUCGGAUUAUCACGGCAAGACGGACUCAAAAAACGGCAGAAUAAGAGACUUCAGGGACAGCGACGACGACGAGGGCGACAAUUUCCUCUACAACUCGUCAGACUGCUCUUCGGACGACGAACCGAACCACAACAGCGAUGUCAGUCCGCAGCCUUGAAGCGAAGAAUGGCCACAUCAAUUUAAAGACUUCUGGGGGUUUAUCGCUCUAAAAAUGCGGUUGCAUGUAAUUCAAACUCUAACCAACAACGUAAAAAGGAAGACUUUUGUUAUGAGAAUAUUAGGUCAAUUAAGACCUACAUGUGAUAAACAAGCAAUAAUAUAAUACUCAUGUUUUAUUUACUCAUAAGAGAAUCACACUCUGCUACAGGUGAAUAAGGCUACUGCAUGUCGCUGUAAACUGGCUCAGCAUCUGCAAUCUUUACCUGUUGUGAUGGUUGGUUUGUCAGUCCUAGAGCCCCCCCACACCAAGUAAUUAGCAGCGGUUUGUCUCAUCUUGCUCUGUGUGAUGUCAUAUUUCCCAUCGGUGCGUCUUACAUCACGCGGAAAAAUUGUGUUUAUUUUUCUAAAAUGUAUUUAUAAAUCACUCAUAGACCUACA